UUCGCUGUGGCGACCUCUUGCUGGGAGCAGCCGAAAGACCAACAACAUGAAGAGACUGGAGAAUGAGAGAGCAGGCCAUGAUGAAAGACCAGACUCUGUGCUUUCAACAAGAAGUUAUGGUGGACGGGACGAAGCACUGCACAGUGCUCUAAGACGAAAGAGAGAUUUACUCCGGAGACUAAAGGAACAGCACAUGUUGGAUGAAUUAGCAAGACCACAAACAUGGGCUGGAGCUCACAGAAGGCAUCAUUAUGAACCCUCUUCCACGCCCACACCCCCAUUUUAUAUUUAUCAGACUCCUCCUCCAGCUCCACCUCCAGCUCCACCUCCAGCCCCUCAGCCUCCCCAAAUCAUCCAACAACCUGUUCCACAUCCGCCCGCCACCAUCAUUCAGCAGCUGCCACAGCAGCAGCCACUUAUAGCACAGAUUUCACCAGUCCAACCUGCACCCUGCAGAUCCGGUAGCAUUAAAGAGGACAUGGUCGAACUGAUGCUCAUGCAAAAUGCUCAGAUGCACCAGAUCAUCAUGCACAACAUGAUGCUAAAGGCACUUCCACCGAUGGCCACCGGCACAAGCGCGAGUCCUCGUGUAGGCCAGGAGAACAACACAAAAGUUAGAGGAGGUGCUGUCCACCAUCAUCACUAUGGGCCUCAACCACUCCCUCCAAUUGGCUACUCGGCUUGGCCGUCUAUGAUGUCAGCACAAAAGGCAGGGGCUUAUCACCCAUCUAUUCAGCACAUAACCGGCCCGGUAACAUUGCCUCCGCUUAACACUGUCACUGUCGACGGAAUGAAGACGAGAUUUCCUGUUGGAUUCCAAGAGUCCUUCAAUCCUUUUGGGGUUCUGUGAAGAUAAAAUAUACACAUGUUUAUUUACAUUUUUGGUUGAAAUACUG